CUCGCGCGUCAGUACUGCACGAACCGCAGAGGAAUUGCGAACGAGCACUAGAGCGGAGCGGACAUCGGAUCGGCACCAGCAUGUUCCCCGGGAGGCUGCGAGCGUGCGCGGCCCUGUGCGUGUGGAUUACGGCGCUGGCGAGCACGCGGAGCGGCGGAGUGGGGGCCCGGAGGCAGGACGACUCCCUCGCGGCUACGGCGGCCACCAGCGUCUACCGAGCCCGGUGUGCCUCGCGAUGCCUGAGCCUGCACAUCACGCGCAUCUCCGCCUUCUUCAAGCACUCUCAGAACAACGGAUCCUUGGUGUGGUGCCAGAAUCACAAGCAGUGCUCCAAGUGCUUGGAGCCCUGCAAGGAAUCGUGGGACCUGAAGGAAAACCAGUGCCAGGAUCUAUGCGAGCCCCUUUUUCCCAAGAAGCAUUACGAGUGCCUAACCAGCUGCGAGUUUCUCAAGUCCAUCGAGGGCGUGAAGCAGGGCGAUUGCCCCGCACCAGAGAAGGCCAGCGGCUUCGCGGCAGCCUGCGUGGAGAGCUGCGAGGAGGAUGGCGAGUGCUCGGCCGUCAAGAAAUGCUGUUCGAAUGGUUGCGGACACACCUGCCAGCUCCCCAAGAACCUUUACAAAGGAGUCCCACUGAAGCCGAGGAAAGAGCUGGUGUUUGCGGAGCUGCCCUCAGGUCAGCUGGAGAUACGUUGGUCCUCCAAAUUCAACAUUUCUGUGGAACCUGUCCUCUACGUGGUGCAGCGGCGAUGGAACUUUGGCAUUCAUCCCAGUGAAGAUGACGCUACCGAGUGGGAGACCAUUGCGCAGACUGCCGAGGAGCGGGUCCAACUGGCCGACAUCAGAGCCAGCAGAUGGUACCAGUUCAGAGUGGCGGCGGUCAAUGUGCACGGGACCCGCGGUUUCACAGCGCCAAGCAAACACUUCCGCUCCACGAGAGACCCAUCGGCCCCGCCGCGCCCCAGCAGCUUGCGUGUCACCAACGUGACGCAGGGAGAUGAAGGCUUGGUGACAGUUCGUCUCAACUGGAGCUUGCCAGAGGAACCCGACAUUCCCAUACAUCACUACAAAGUCUUCUGGAGCUGGACCGUACCCACUAAAUCGACAGUUCCGUCCAAGAAAAGGAGGAGAAAGACCACCAACGGGGCUCAGAACUGGGUGGACCUGGAGGCGCUGCAAGGCAACAGCAGCUAUACAGUGGAGCUGCAGGCCGUGACGUAUUGGGGACAGGUGCGACUGAAGAGUUCCAAGGCCAUGUUACAAUUCAGCACCACCCAGAAUUCAGAAGCAGUCAAAUCGGUGCACAAGUCAAAGAAAGCGGAGAUACCCCCUGCUGGACCAACCUUGGCCAAGGCAAAGCGACCUUCUGGCCCGCUGGAGGUGGGCACGCCCUUCUACCAAGAUGGUCAGCUGCAAGUUCGUAUCUACUGGAAGAACCGCGGAGAGCCGGGAAUGAACCGCUACCACGUCCAGUGGAUGCCAGAGUAUUGCCACCACAAUGAGACACGGGGACCAGAAAAAUCCUCCACGCAGGAGAACUACAUCAACCUCCCGGGCCUGUUGUUCUCCUGCAAGUACAAAGUCACGGUUCACAUGCUCAAAUCCAAGAGACGCUCCAAAGAGGAGAGCACCACCUUCCUCACGCCGUCAUGCGCCACCAUCCGGAGCAAGACCCACAAACACAUACCCUGCCCGGGGGAGCCAGCUGCAGCACUUCCUAAAGUUUUGGCCAAGCCCGAAAACCUGACAGCUACGUUUUCCAUCAUCGGAGGAAAUAUCACCGGCAGCUUCCUGUGGCGCGUGUCUCGAGUGGCGGCCCACCAACGCAUUACCGGCUUUCAAGUCACCUGGGCUGAAAUCACCACCGAGAGUCGACAGAACAGCCUGCCUAACAGCAUCAUUUCCCAGUCCCAAAUUCUGCCUCCAGAUCACAAUCUGUUGGUCGUGUCCAAUCUGCGACCGUCCACUUACUACAGACUUGAAGUGCAAGUCAUAACGACCGGAGGGGAAGGCCCCGCCACUGUCAAGACCUUCCAGACUCCCAACAUAUUACCAGUCAAUCAACACAGGCCCCGACUCCGGCAGCACCAUCCCCAUCACCAGAAACCAUCAGUCGAAAGACACUGAGUCGCAAAGCGAGGGAAAUCGAGUCGCUCUUCCCUCCCAUCUGUCAGAGACUAUCGGGGAAGAAAGUGUGGAAUUGUGAACUGUCCCCUAAAUCGAUGCUCCCGCCACCGCCCUCCUUCCAUUUGUGAAAUAGCAAUUACUUCGGAAUCCCUCUGACUAGCGUGUACAGUUUUCGCUUGACGAUUUUACUACAAAGUCUUGCUGUCAGUUAGUACACAGUUCAUACAAAAGUCUAAAAUCUAUCAACGUGAAAUCACCCACACAGAAAAAAAAUAUCUAUUUAUUUUCACCGAUGGAUGUCACGGUUGUCUUACCCCAAGUACAUCAUGUAGUUCCGUUGCAUGUACUGUAGUCCAUUUGAUAUGUGCUUCAAUUGGAGAGCUCGCCGUGGUUUUGCAUGAUGACCGUUUGCAUUCUGUUGGCAUGAAAUACAAAAAUUCAGUGGUCCUUUUUUCAAUAUGUUAGUGAUAUUCCAUUAACGGAUUAACAAAGAAUUAUACUGGGAAUACUAUGUCAUGUUUAUUAAUGAAAUUAUAACGUGUGGAAAUGAUGCAUUGUACAUCUUGGCUGUAGAAAUGUUUGUCGUGGAACAGUCAGUGAAUGUCUAUAUUUAUUUAUGUGUGUAUUCCAGUUUGAUUUGGAUGUGUGUGGAUGUGGAUGUUUUGUGUGUUUUAGUAUUACUUUUGUUUUUUGGAAGCAACACAGAUCUUGUAAAGACACUUUGUAAAAAUGGAGUUGUAAAUACGGUCUUAUGUUACAUGUUAUUUUUCCAUGCUAGAAACUGUACAAACUGCGAAGUAAUAAAAUAAUCCUUA